AUGACAAAACAAGUUCUUCCACUGAUAGAGAAAAUUCCUCAAUCGAUCCUCGGAUUCCUAGAAUUUUCUCCAUCUUAUUGGGCUUCUUCGUUGUCGAAGACAACGCAAGCUCACGCUCGUAUACUCAAAUCCGGAGCCCAGAACGAUGGCUAUAUCUCCGCCAAACUCAUUGUUUCCUACUCGAACUACAGCUGCUUCGACGACGCUAAUCUCAUCUUGCAAUCGAUUCCGGAUCCCACUGUGUACUCUUUCUCUUCCCUUAUAUACGCGUUAACUAAAGCCAAGCUUUACUCGCAAUCGCUUGGCGUGUUUUCUCGGAUGUUCUCUCAUGGGCUGAUUCCAGAUACCCAUGUUCUUCCGAAUUUGUUCAAAGUAUGCGCUGAAUUAUCGGCUUUUAAAGCAGGCAAACAGAUUCACUGUAUAUCGUGUGCCUCGGGGUUGGAUGGUGAUGCUAUCGUUGAGGGAUCUUUGUUUCAUAUGUACAUGAGGUGCGGUGUGAUGGUGGAUGCACGCAAAGUGUUCGAUAGAAUGUCUGAGAAAGAUGUUGUGACUUGCAGUGCUUUGCUCUGUGGCUAUGCAAGAAAGGGUUGCCUAGAAGAGGUGGUUAGUAUCCUCUCUGAGAUGGAAAGAUCGGGUAUUGAACCUAAUACCGUGUCUUGGAAUGGUAUUCUUAGUGGGUUUAAUCGUAGCGGGUAUCACAAGGAAGCAGUGAUGAUGUUCCAAAAGAUGCAUCAUCUAGGCUUUUUCCCUGAUGAGGUUGCAGUUUCAAGUGUUCUUCCUUCUGUCGGAGACUCGGAGAAACUGAAUUUUGGGAGGCAGAUUCAUGGAUAUGUGAUUAAACAGGUUUGA